AUGAUGUGGCAGGUUUUGUUUGCACUUGCGCUGCCGGCUGCUGUGGCAAUUGCGUUAUCAAUGCCCGAAUACCUAGAAAACACCAAGGUGGAGGCUAGUCACACGCUGGGAACCGCAUACUUCUUUCUAGGCCUCAGUUGCAGCGCUACAAAGCUCAAAGAUUUAAUCGGAUCGUCGCUGGGUCUCGGAGGACCCACCGCCGCGAUCAACGCCAAAACUGCUGGCGGCAGCCUGGAGUGCUCCAUCCUCCUGUGCCUUCUCUCCACACCGGCGGCCGCCCUCGUCACCUCCCCCUACAUCUACCGCCACUUCACCCUCCUACUCCUCGACCAGCCCCCCUCCCCAGACGCCUCCACGGCUGACGUCCUCUUCCGCGCCCAUCUGUCGCCCGACUUCCCCGCCACCGCACCAGGCGCCGUGCUAUCCGCUUUCCUCCCUAGCAAGCCAUUUGCCGCUACCGCACGGCGCUGGAGUCUCAUUGCAGCCGCAGCUAUGGUGGUCGUCAAUGUGCUGGUCAACGCGGCUGUGGGAGCGGAGGCUCUGCAUGCCGUCGGUUUGCCCGUGCUCGCGGGUGUUUUGUGGUUACACGCAGCGGCACUCCUACUGGGCUACCUGAUCCCUGCUGGCGUGAGCUCACCCGGCAGUACUUGCCGUACCACGGCAUAUCAGGUAACUCUGGCCAGCCUAUCAGUCCCCGGGCCUUCAGGGCCCACUCUGUGGAGUCCAUUCUUCGACAGGCAGGCAAUGUACGGAAAGUACGGCGUGGGGGUUCAGGCCACCGUGUGCAAUUAUCCGGAUCUGUUUGUCGUGUAUUGGUGGUCGUCUUUUGGAGACGCCAUUUCCGGAAAUAUGGCAACGGCAUCCGUCCGGCGUUUUUGUCGCGACGAGGUGAAUGUGGCUGAUGGCGCCUCUGUCGUGUCCUUUCGUGUUAUCAUUACAUUAUUACAUAUUAUGUUGCACAAUGUGUUACAUAUAUAG